AAAUAGGGCUGUCAAAUGUUUGCAAUGCACUCAAUCUAGAACUAGCUAGCUAAAAAUGGAAACUACAAUGUCAUUUAAAGUGUUGAGCCAAAUGCUCUUGAAUAUAAGACCCUAUUUAGCUAUGAUAUCUUUGCAGUUUGGAUAUGCAGGAAUGUAUAUAGUUACCAUGGUUUCGUUUAAACAAGGCAUGAGUCACUGGGUACUUGUGGUCUACCGUCAUGUGGUCGCCACGCUAGCUAUCGCUCCCUUCGCCUUUGUUCUUGAAAGGAAGAUAAGGCCAAAGUUAACACUUUCAGUAUUUUUGAAAGUAAUGCUGCUCGGACUAUUAGAGCCUGUGAUUGAUCAAAAUUUAUACUACGUCGGGAUGAAAUCCACCUCCGCGACAUUUGCAGCUGCCACGGUCAAUGUCCUCCCAGCUCUUACCUUCAUCAUGGCAAUUAUUUUCAGGAUGGAAAGAGUAAACUUGAGGCAGAAACCUGGACUAGCCAAGGUGAUAGGAACAUCAAUAACACUGUCAGGAGCCAUGCUAAUGACCUUGUACAAAGGCCCUGUUGUCGACAUCUUAGGCGGUUACUCCCACAGAUCCCAACAUGAGAAUUCAGGAGAUGCAUCCUCCGGUCAGCACUGGGUUGCAGGAACCAUAAUGCUACUUUCAUGCACCAUUGGUUGGUCUGCUUUCUUCAUUGUUCAGUCGAUGACAUUAAAGGAGUACCCUGCGGAGUUAUCAUUGACAAGUUUGAUAUGUGUGAUGGGGAUGGUGGAAGGGGGGGUUGUGGCGCUUGUAAUGGAACGCGACAUGUCUGCCUGGGCUAUUGGUUUUGACUCGAGGCUUCUUGCUGCUGCUUAUUCUGGGGUCGUUUGUUCUGGAAUCGCAUACUAUGUGCAAGGUUUCGUGAACAAAGUAAGAGGUCCAGUGUUCGUCACAGCUUUUAGUCCUCUAGCCAUGAUCAUCACUGCCAUUCUUGGGGCUAUCAUUUUAUCAGAGCAAGUUCACCUCGGAAGCUUGCUUGGAGCAGUUGUAGUGGUGAUUGGCCUUUACUCGGUGGCAUGGGGGAAAAGCAAAGAUGAAAACAUGACAAGUGGGGAAGGUAAAGCCCAAGAGUUGCCAGUGGUUCGCGAAGAUAAAUAUAAAUCGGCUCAUGACAGUUUUGAUGGAGCAACUGCUUUGGACACUAGUAUUGCAUUAAAGAGUGCUCUUUCAGGAGAGCCAUAAAAAUGAUCAGAAUACUAUGUAUAGAUCCAUUUCCUUGCAUCUUACUUUCUUUCCGGUCGGCUAUUUGUACUCUGUUUAUAUGUGUGUAUAGAGCUAUUUGCCGAUUUGCGUAUAUGACUUUUGUACUUGUGUUUCAUCAUCAAUAUGACCUAUAUAAGAAACGGAUGAUUACAAAUUAA